CCGCCCCUUCUCGCUCCUUCCCGUCCCCCCGGCCCGGUGUGUGGGAGGCGCCGGGCCCGCUCGGAAGAACGCCGACGCGCUCAAUGCCGAGGGUGUUCUGUUGGAAUAUACGUCGCAUAUUUAUGGCGAUUCUGAGCGUGAGGGCAGACUUCUGCCAGGCCCAGCACAGCAUCCUGGCUGACAAGUGAGCUGAGUGCAGGGGCUUCUACGUGCCAUAAUUCUUUUGCCUUGAAGACUCCAGACACAGUGAACCCACUCAAAUAUAUGGGAUAUCUUCUGCACAUUGGAAGCAUAUUCCUUUUACUGACUCUAGCAAAACUAAGCGUCAAGAAAACAAAGUGGAGAGAAAAUCUGCCCUUACUUUUUUUGCCUCACCAGUGCCUAAAUGUAGAGCAGGCUGCCUAGUCUUGCAUGUAGUCAGAGCUGUUGGAGUCUGAAGGAUACCACCUGCAGUAAUUGAGGCUGAAGUUGAGUUCAAGAGGAUUCUGAAGCAAACCUGCUUUUCUAGAAGCAAAUUCUUCAAGGAACAAACACGUCAAAGCAAGCUCUGAUCAAUCCCAGGCAUUUUAGUGGUCUUUUUUUAAUGUUUUCUGCUGUGAAACGUUUCCAAGGUUAUUGAUUUUUUUUUUUUCCCCUUUUUUCUUUUUUUUUUUCUGUUUUCUUUUGGGCCCCUCACACAUUUUUCUUUGCCAUUAUGAACCGUCCAGCCCCCGUGGAAAUUACUUACGAGAAUAUGCGUUUCCUGAUCACUCACAACCCAACCAAUGCAACCCUCAGCAAGUUCAUAGAGGAGCUGAAGAAGUAUGGAGUGAGAACCUUGGUGCGAGUUUGUGAUGCCACUUACGAUAAAGCCCCUAUCGAAAAAGAAGGAAUCCAGGUUCUAGACUGGCCCUUUGAUGAUGGAGCACCACCUCCCAAUCAGAUAGUUGAUGACUGGCUAAACCUGCUGAAAACCAAAUUCCGUGAAGAGCCUGGAAGCUGCGUGGCUGUGCACUGUGUUGCAGGGUUGGGAAGGGCUCCUGUACUGGUUGCACUUGCUCUCAUUGAAUGUGGAAUGAAGUACGAGGAUGCAGUUCAGUUUAUAAGGCAGAAGAGGAGGGGAGCUUUCAAUUCCAAACAGCUGCUUUACCUUGAGAAAUACCGACCUAAGAUGCGAUUACGCUUCAAAGAUGCCAACGGUCACUGCUGUGUUCAAUAAAAAAACAAAACAAAACCAAACCCCCCCACACAAAAAAAACCCCAAAACAAUAAUAAAUCUCAGACGAAGGCAGAAGUUUAGCAUGGGCUGUUUUCUGGACUCUUGGCACCUGGAAAUGUGAAUCUGGAAUCAAAACCUACGUCAUCGAAUUAGCGGUGGAGUCAGUGCUCCUUCAACCUCUGUCUUAAUGGUGGUGAUGAUUUGAAAGGAGGAGGGGGAAAAGAUGAAAUAAAAAUGUAUUAAAAAGCAAACAAACACGAUAAUUGAGAAACAUUUCAGUGAAGGAUUUGUUUUCUCCUUUUAGCUGCAGCUCGAGCGCCUGCAAGGAGAAAAAAAAAUCAGUUUCUGAACCUUCUGUAUUUUUAACUUUUUAAGAAAAGAAAUAAAGUAAAUUUUAUGUCUUAAGGAAA